CCUCCCCCCAAAGCUAUGAUCCGUAAACAAAUGUCCGUGUGUGAGAAAGAGCUGACAGUUUACCAUAAAUUACCUCUUUUUUUCCCUUUUAAGGUGUUUGUUGCCUUUCAGUCUAUGCUUAUUGUUCUCGUGGGAGCUAUCCCAGAAUAUCAUCUUGACCAAGAAGGAAUUCUGAGUAAUACAGAAGCUCUUGCAAAACAUGUCAGGUUUACCAGUAACUUCACAUCUAUAGCAACAGAGUGGUAUUUAAUCAAACAUGAAGCAUACAAAGUGAGCCUGGCCUCAUCCUUGUAUUUUGGUGGGUUACUCAUUGGAAAUAUACUGUUUGGCCCAUUGUCAGAUAAAUUGGGCAGAAAGCCUGUGUAUCUAUCAGGGCUUUUUAUGGAUGUCAUUUUUGGAUAUGUUUCAGCAUUUGCUCCAAAUUAUGAAAUAUUUGCAGCCUCACGCUUUUUUGUUGGAGUUACAAAUGGCGGAAUGUCCUUAGUGUCUUUUGUUUUGACACAAGAAUAUGUAGGAAAAUCUUUCUGGGCAAUGACAGGCUCGUUGACAAAUUUGACAUUUGCAUUUGGCAUAGCCGUUUAUGCCUUACUGGGCUAUUACAUAAGAGACUGGCGUCUUCUUGCCUUUGUAUCAAAUUCUCCAGGAGUUUUCUUUUUUCUUCUUUCUUUCAUGCUUCCUGAAUCACCAAGAUGGUUGUAUUCUCAAGGCAGAACAGCAGAAGCAGAGCAUGUACUGCAGUACAUGGCUCUUCGCAAUGGGAAAGAAAGGCUGGUGGUAAAACUGAAGCCAUGCAAAGGAGCCAUAAAGAAAGACGAUUCCACCCCUGGGCUCCUCAACCUGGUUACACAUCCCGUCCUUCGAUGGCGCACAGUCAUUUUGAUGUAUAUCUGGUAUGUGUGCAGCUUUGUAUAUUACGGUUUAACACUGAAUGCCGGUGAAUUAGGAGGAAAUCUUUAUUUAAAUGUGGCUCUUUCUGGUCUCGUAGAAGUUCCAGCAUUUCCACUUUGCAUGUUUUUCAUUGAGAAAUCUUGCCAAUACAAUCCCAGCAGAUUGGGCAUCAUGCAGAUGCCAUCAGCCAAAGGGUAUCGACGGGAGUUCAGCGAUGGCUUCUUGACGAGAAAUGCUGGUUUGGGUGUAUGCUCAAUGGUUUGUAGGUUUGGAGGAAUUUUGGCUCCAUUUGUUCCUUCCUUGAAAUCUCUUGGUCCCUCUGUGCCAUUUGGAGUCUUUGGAAUCAGUGGGUUAUCAGCUGGUUUUCUGACUCUUCUACUUCCAGAAACCCUGAACAAACCAAUUGCAGAAACUAUUGAAGAUCUGCAGAUGCCUGUCUAUCAGAUACUUAAAAACAAAAAGGUAAAUCAGUUAGAAGAAAAAUUUUAGUAUUGCAAAAAGUAUCUUGGUUGAGAAUUUCAGUUGAUGCUGCCAUCAAGAUUAUCACAUUGCGACAUUCAAAUCUAUUUUCCCAUUUCCAGAAUGAUCAAUGUCUCACGUAAACAUAACCUGUGAAGAUCUGUGGAGAGGGAGAGGUAAAAAUUAAUGAGGAAAAUUUAAGGGCCUAAACCGAUUUUUCAAAUGCUGUAUGCGGAAUGUUUUAAAACAUUCAUAAUUACUUGUGGUUUUUCAUUUAGUAAACAGAUAAUAGGAUAAUUAUUCUUGAAAUGUAUAAAUUAUUGGGGAAUUGAUUACAAUUCUAAAUAAGCAGUCACAAAAUUGACCAUUAAUUGUGUGAUAUUCUGGGCUCAGCAUAUUGGAAUUAAUAUUACAUUGAUGCUUAUAGUAUCUUCAGAGUAGAAGAUUUUUCAGGCCUGGAAUAUGCCAUUUUGCUUUGGCUCUUAAUUUCUACAGAAUCUUGUUGCCAAUAUUUUUAUAUUAACGAUUUUGGAUGGUCUACCCUAUUUAUAAAUGCCAAAGAACUGGCAAUUUGUUACUGUUUUAACAGUCAUUGUAAUAUACACACUGUAUGUAAUCUGAAAUUUAAAUUAAAGAGACUGCAUCUCCUGCUCGCUGUAAGAAAUAGGUAAGUAGUCAGAUUUUAGGCCUUAUGUUUAGCAGGUGUCAUUUUUAUGUACCCUAGAAAACAAAAUAGGCAUUGAAUCUAAAAAUCUGCCAGAUAUGAAAAGAUAUGAAAAAAACUAUCACUGCUCCAAAAAAUUAUUUGUCCAUGAACCUUCAAAAACUCCUCUAGAAACAGAAGUGUGAGAAAUGGAUGCUGCGGAACUGAUCACAAUCAAAUAUUAUACUGGCUCCUGCACAUUACGAACACCUGAGGCCUUACAUAUACCUCUUUUUCUGAUAUGUAGUUCCUUGAAUGUAACACUUGCCAACUCAGUUUCUUGUCAUUGUAUUUCAUUUAUAAGGGAAAAUGUAGAAGCUAAAAUGAUUUUUUUGACAAUCUGUUAUCCCCAGGCCAUAGUCAGCUGUUUUGAGGACUCAGACAAACUUCUUUCAGAUCAUAUUUUCUUCUGGAUGAGAUUUCUGUGGCAGUUACAUGUCAUGAUUUAAAAUUUACAGUAAAUUUAAAAGGAACUGAGGAAACAUCCCUGGCUUUUGAAGUACAGCUUAUUUUGGCUUAAAUAAAUAUAUCUUUUCAGUGCUCUCUAGUAAAAUAGACAGUCUUCAUUUUUAUAACUCGGAGGUAAAAUAGACGAUGGAAUUAUUCUAGAUGUCAAUCUGUGCCCUUCUAAACAUAAACACAAAUGAUUAGCUUUUUUUCUGAUAUUGCUAAUGAUGGAAAAUUUUAUAAAUUAUAUUUUUAUAAUGAAAUGGAAUAUGAAAUACUAAAAAGAAUAUUUUUCCUACGGAAGCAAAAGUGAAUUGUGAAGGUAGUUUUUCCUAUUACAAAAAGUAUCCUUUUAUUUCAAUUAUGUAGAAAAUGGCUAAUAAAUUCUGUGGUUUCAUA